CUAAUGGACGGGGUGGGUAUCAUCCUCAUGAAGUCGUUCCAUUCAUGUACCUUCCGUUUCUUUGCAAAGUCAAUUCAUACAGCCAGAGUAUCAGGUGUCGUACGUGCCGAGUAUUAUACAACUCGUCGUCUUGAGAUAAUUCCCCCUCCAGCGUCAACAGAAAAAACCGCCAAGCAGCUGCAGCAAUGGCAGCUCCUCUCUCCUACCUCCAAGCCCCAAUCCCACCAUCACCCACUCAAAAACCUCUUUCCAAAAAUACCCCCAACAGCAAAACAAUUCCAAUCCAAUCCCACCCAACUCUGCUUCUCCUUGAAAAAUGCUCUUCCAUGACCCAACUGAAGGAAAUCCAUGCCCAAAUGCUCCGCAGCGGCCUCUUCUCCGACGCCUUUGCCGCCAGCCGAAUCGUUGCAUUCUGCGCUGUCGAAGCCUCCGGAAGCCUCUCUUAUGCCCGUCUUGUGUUCGCUCAAAUCCCCAAUCCUACCCCCUUCACCUUCAACUCCAUAAUCCGAGGCUACACCAACAAGAACUCCCCUGAAGAAGCUGUCCUCUUCUAUCAAGAAAUCAUCGAGGGCGGCCUUGUCCCUGACAAUUUCACGUUUCCGUCAUUGUUCAAAUCCUGUGGGGGCUCUGAUGAAGGGAAGCAGUUGCAUUGCCAUGCUGUGAAGUUCGGGUUCGCUGCCGAUUCGUAUGUUCAAAAUACGUUGAUGAAUAUGUACGCAAAUUGCGGGUGUUUGAGCCAUGCGCGCCUCGUUUUCAAUAAAAUGACUGAGCGGAAUGUGGUGUCUUUCGCGACGAUAAUUGCUGCUUAUGCGAAUUGGGAUCGGCCUGGUGAAGCUGUGAGCCUCUUCCAACGGAUGGAGUUUGAAAACGUGGUGCCUAAUGAGGUUGCUUUGGUGAAUGUAUUGAUGGCUUGCGCGAGGGCGAGAGAUUUGGAUAUGGCAAAAUGGGUGCAUAGGUAUAUGGAAGAUAAUCGAAUUGGAUUUAAUACGAUUCUGACAGCGGCUCUUAUGGAUGUGUAUUGCAAGUGUGGCUUUGUUUAUGUUGCUCGAGAACUGUUUGAUGAAAUGUCGGAUAGGAAUUUGUUUUGUUGGAAUAUCAUGAUCAAUGGGCAUGUCGAGGAUAGCGAUUACAAGGAGGCCUUGGUGCUAUUUCGCGAGAUGCAGAUUAGAGGUGUGAAACCGGAUAAGGUGACCAUGGCGAGCUUACUUCUUGCUUGUUCCCAGCUGGGUGCUCUCGAGCUCGGGAAAUGGUUACAUGCUUAUAUUAAUAAGGAGAAUAUUGAAGUUGAUAUAGUCCUAAGGACAGCUCUUGUGGACAUGUACGCAAAGUGUGGAUCCAUAGAGAGUGCCUUGCGAGUUUUCCAUGAGAUGCCUGAGAGAGAUGUUAUGACUUGGACAGCUAUGAUCGGAGGCCUAGCAAUGUGUGGACAUGGGGAGAAGGCUCUUGAGCUUUUCUACGAGAUGCAAAGAAGUGGAGUGAGACCAGAUGCAAUUACAUUCGUCGGUGUCUUGUCCGCUUGUAGUCACGCAGGCCUCGUGGAUGAAGGUUUUUCGCAUUUUGAUUCCAUGUCUAGUCUUUACAACAUCAAGCCUAGCGUCGAACACUACGGAUGUAUGGUUGACCUGUUGGGUCGUGCCGGUCACAUAGAAAAAGCUGAGGAGUUCAUAAGGAACAUGCCCAUGGUGCCAGAUUUCUUUGUAUUAGGAGGCCUUCUUGGUGCUUGUAGGAUUCAUGGUAACCUUGAGGUUGCAGAAAGAGCAGCUCGGCAGCUUCUAGAACUCGACCCUGCCAAUGGUGGGGCCUAUGUGCUCUUGUCGAACAUAUAUGGUUCCUUAGGUAAGUGGGAUGAAGUUAAAAGAACAAGAGAACUCAUGGCUGAACGGAACAUCAAGAAGCCUCCUGGGUGCAGUUUGAUAGAGGUGGAUGGGGUUGUUCAUGAAUUCGUCAUGGGCGAUGAGUCACACCCACAAUCCCAUGAAAUCUACUCAAUGGUGGAAGACAUGGUGCAGCUUUUGAAGGUUGCGGGAUAUGUUCCCAACAAAUCCGAAGUGUUGUUUGACAUGGAUGAAGAAGAGAAAGAGAAUGCCCUUUGUCGCCAUAGCGAGAAGCUGGCAAUCGCCUUUGGGCUUAUCAGCACAAGCCCUGGUACGACUAUUCGAGUUGUGAAGAAUCUCCGCGUUUGUAAUGACUGCCACACUGCGACCAAGCUGAUCUCGAAAGUGUACAAUAGGGAGAUUAUCGUGCGGGACAGGAACCGAUUUCACCAUUUUAAGGAUGGUUCAUGCUCAUGUAAGGAUUUCUGGUGAAUUAAUCCCAUUAACUUGCAAUUUGACUAUGGAUGCCAUUCAGCAUUGAUGGUGUGGCCCAUCAAUGCUUAGGUUCCUUCGUCGAAUCUGUAAAACAUCCAUUGAGCAAUGAUAGGCUUAUAUCACUUGUAUUUACUUUAUCCCUCAGAAUCAUGAGUACAAAUAAUCCAUUUAAUUGAUUGGAUGUUGGUUAUGUUGUUUACAGUUCUUCA